CCCGCCUCGCCUCGCCUGGGCGCGGACGGGGCGAAGCGGGGGGCCACGAUUCCAGCAGCGGGGGCCACGCUCCGGCUCCACCGAGGGUCGCCGAGGCUGCUGCUGCUGCUGCUCCGGAUUAAGUGCCGCGGAGGGAGCCGGAGGGCGCAGUCCAGAGCGCGUCCCGCCUCCACGGGCAUGGCCGGCCGGCCUGUCUCCUCCUCUGGGGGCGGGGGCGGGGGGCAGCUAUAAAGUCGGAGGGCGGGCAGUCGCCGACCAGACCGAGGGGCUGGUACUGGACGGCGGCGGCGGGGGGGCUCGAUCCAGCAUGGGGCUGUGCAGCGUUCUGCUCCUGCCGCUCUGGCUGAGCGCGGCCGCCGGCCUCGGAGCGCCGGGAUGCAAGAUCCGAGUCACCGCCAAAGGCUUGGAGCUGGUGAAGCAGGAAGGGCUGCGCUUCGUGGAGCAGGAGCUGCAGAACAUCUCGCUGGGGCAGCUGCACGGCAAGGAGGGCCAGUUCCACUACAACAUCAGCAACGUCCAGGUGAUGCACCUGCACAUGGCCAACUCGGACCUGCGCUUCCAGCCCCAGCAGCACCUGGCCUUCGACAUCAUGAACGCCUCCAUCAGCCUGCGCUUCCGGCGCCAGUUGCUGUACUGGUUUUUCUAUGACAUUGGCUCCAUAAACACUUCUGCGGAGGGCGUGCACAUCCACACGGCGCUGGGGCUCUCGAAGGACCACGUGGGGCGCCUGAAGAUCUCUAACAUCAGCUGCAACGCCUCCAUCGCCCGCAUGCAGGCAGGAUUCAGUGGCACCCUCAGAAAGGUAUACGAAUUCCUGGCCGCCUUCAUCACCAGUGGCAUGCGACUCCUCCUCAACCGGCAGAUCUGCCCUGUGCUGAACCACGCGGGGCUCGUGCUCCUGAACUCUCUCCUGGACACCGUGCCUGUGCGGAACUCCGUGGACGACUACGUCGGGAUAGACUUCUCCCUCUUAAGCGACCCCAUCAUCACUCCUGAAACGAUGGACCUGGAUUUCAAGGGCUCGUUCUUCCCUCUGGGGGCUGAAAACCAGACCCUCCCCAACGUGGCCCCCGAGCCCCUCAUCAAGGAGACGGAGCGCAUGGUGUACAUCUCUCUCUCGGAGCAUUUCUUCGACUCCGCCCUGUUUGCUUACUACCGCGCUGGGGCUCUGAGCAUGGAGCUUGCUGGUGACCAGGUGCCCAACGACUUGGACGUCUUGCUGAGAGCCUCCUUCUUUGGGAGCAUCAUGCUCAUGAAGCCUUCUGUGGUCGAUGCGCCGCUGGUGUUGCAGAUGCAGGUGACGGCUGCCCCCACCUGCGUGAUCAAGCCCUCCGGCACAGCCGUGUCCGUCUCGGGCACCUUUGGGAUCUUCUUGGCUCCCCCCAACGAGCCCCUUGUCCAGCUGUCCAGCGUGAUUAUGGAUGCUCGGCUAAACGCCCGGGUUGCCCUGCGGAAGAAGUCCCUGCAAGUCCAGCUGGACCUCAGAAGGUUCAGAGUUUCCUCCAAUCAGUCAGCCCUGGAAUCCUUGGCACUGAUUCCACUCCAAGCCCCUCUGAAGACCCUGCUGCAGCUGACAAUCAUGCCCCUCAUUAACGAAAAAAUCAAGAAGGGUGUGCAGGUCCCCCUCCCAGAAGGCAUGGACUUCACCAAGGAGGUGGUCACCAACCACAUGGGCUAUCUCAUCAUUGGGGCAGAUCUACAUUUCUCCAAAGGCCUGAAGGAAGUCAUUGAGAUGUACCGGGCUGGAUCUGGCCCCAAGUCGACUGCUCCAGCUGCCUGAACAACACCCCCCCCACUUCUCCCACCUCUUUUCCAUACCGAAGAGGGGGAUGCCCCCCAGCCCUGCGCCCCCCCAACAGCUCCCCUCUGUCCCCCGGCCCAGCAGGCUGGAAAGCAGUGCCAAUAAAGACGCAGAGGUCACAGGAGUGUUCGGGUCAGGGGCCGCUUCACGCAUGCAGGGGAAUCGGGCAUUUCUCUCUGUAACUUGAAGGUUCUGGUUGGGAGCAGAAAAACCGGCACUGCCAACGUGGCCAAAGAGAGGGCGCAGAGCCUUUGCAAUCCCCCCCCCCCCCGCAUCUCUGUCUAUGCUACUGGCUCAGGGGAACAGAAGAGACAGGGCUGGACAGGGGCGCCGGAAGAGAAGCCCAAACCCCUCUUCCUGUCGUGACAACAAAUCCAUAGCUGCCAGAUUAACAUUCCUGCCUAAGAUUCGUGCUGCAGCCACCCCUACCAGGUGGGCUCAUACCUGCCCCAGUCCCUGCAGCUGCACAUAGCGGUUGCUUUAAGAGGAGAAAGAGCAAACAUCCGGGCCUUGGGACUCCAAGGACUCUGCAAGCUCACAGGCAAACACCUGCCGCUUUAGAAUAGGAGCACCCCCUCCCUUGUAUGCUCUCACACAACCCUGCCCCCCACCCCACCCCCUACUGGACCCAAGGGAAAGGGGAGACGACUGGCAUUUCCUCAGUCCCAGCAAUCCUAGCCUCCUUUGUGUCACUAGCAUGUUCAAUAAUCCCGAUGCUCAACACCCACCCACCCCCGGCCCCCAAAGAACUCUUCUCUUGGAAGAUGCAGAGUGUCAGCUGGUAGCAUUGCAAGCAGGGGGAGCCACUGCGAUAGGCCCCCCACCCCCAGCUCAGCUCCUCUGCACCGCCUGCUUCAUACUUGGAGGAAGCAAUCUCAGUUCCUUCUCUGCUUGAGGUCUUGACUGCGGCUGCCGUCAACUGGCCAAGGACUUCCUUUCAAAAAAUGCACUGAGCUUAUUUCUUUUGUGAGUUAAAGAAUUCUAAGCCACAUAGUUCUAUGAUGCCGCCCCCCCUCCGCACCAGCCACACCUUGGGUAGUAAAUUGCGUCAGGAACAGGGGGGUGAAUUCAGACAGGCCGAAACUGAAAUAAACAAAAGCCAGGACAA